AUGCCAGUUAUCCAGCGUACUGCAAGUUCAGCUGUGUCAUGGUGCACACCAUUCUUCCUGCCCUUUUACGACAUUCUAAUCCAUCGCAUCUCCGUCCCGCUGAUCUGGCGCUGUUCUUCCAAGAACAAUCUUCGUCCUCUCUUCUCUAACAACUUCUCAACGAGACAUGUUGAUAUUGGCGUUGGAACCGGUUAUUUCCCCAUACGAGCGAUCAAGGACACCAGCCGCGACCCGAAAGAACAGCAACUGACGUUGGUAGACUUGAGCCAGCAUGCUCUUGCAACAGCAAGACGACGUGUUCUAUCAAAGUACCCAGAAGCACAGGUUGACUGUGUUCAGGCUGAUGCCGUACUGCCAUUGCCAGAGUCUCUUCAAGGCCAAAAGUUCACGUCCGCUUCUCUCUUCCUCGUCCUACAUCACUUGUCGCAGCCAACAGCCAGCAAAGCAAACGCCAUCGCCAAUAUCAAAGGUCUCCUGACCAACGACGGUGUUCUAACUGGUUGCACGGUGCUGGGGAAGCAGUGGGAGAAGACUGGGGAGGGAUACAGGGUGAAGAGUGAGGAACCACUUGGGAGAGCUGCCGCUUAUUUGCUUGGGUACUGCAACAGACGAGGUGGAUUUGACAAUUGGGAGGAUGAUCCGAAUGUACUGGUCGAGGCCUUGGAGGCUGGGUUCGAGGAGGUUGAGACGAGUGUUGUCGCUAUGAUGUUUGUGUUUAGGGCCUCCAAACCGCGUGGCGGAGGUGCAAUUGCGGACAGAGGCUAG